UCCACGCUAAGCGCAGAAGCGGUGCCCGAAUCACGCCCUCGCCAGAGACCGCAGAUCGCUGCCGGGCGGGACGCCUGCGGCCCCUGCUUUCCGCUCGUUCCGCGUCGAUCCGGCGCUCGUCCGGCGGCCGGAGAAGCGGACCUUCAUCCCGGAAGCAGCGGCCUGGUGGGUGGGGCUAAAGGCGAGACGCCGCAACGUGUUGUAGCGGGACUCUCGGAGAAUGGGCACAGCGUCCGGGCGCUGGGGGAGAUGUCUCUGGGCCGGCUGCUGCGACGCGCCUCCUCAAAGGCCUCCGACCUCCUGACCUUCAGCUCCGGCACAGGAGGCUCCAGGGGGCUGCUCGAUGGGGAGAUCAUCUUCUCCAAGAACAACGUGUGCGUGCACCCCAGCGAGCCGCUGCCGGGCUUGCCUGAGCACCAUCCAGGUUACCUUUGUGUGCACAUGGAGAAGGAUGAAGAGCUGGGCACCACCCUGAUCCUCACCUGGGUGCCCAACUCCCGCAUUCAGCGGCAGGACGAGGAGGCGCUGCGCUACAUCACCCCCGAGAGCUCGCCCGUGCGGCGGAACCCCCGGCGCCGGCCUCGCCGUGCACGCUCCCGGCCCCCACCCACUUCCGGGGAGGACGAGGAUGAGGAUGGUGCAGAGGACGGGCAGACCCUGGAGGGGCAGGGCGCCGAGCCGCCGCAGCUGCUGGAGGAGGGCGACGAGGGCUCCUGCGACCUGUCCGCGGACGAGGUCAGCCGCGACAGCACCCUGGGAUCCGACUCCGACACCUUCUCCUCACCCUUCUGCCUGUCGCCCAUCAGCGAGGCCCUCGGCGAGAGCAGCAGCUCUGUAUUCCUGGACAACGAGAACCGGGAGAUGUGUGAUGAAUCCAUGACCCAUUCAGCUAGCUCCGCCUCCAGUCUUGACAGCCACGCCCCCUCUGAGACCAGCCAAUCACAGGGGGUUCGGUGGGAGGAGCAGCAGAAGGUGCUUGCUCUGGAGCAGCUGUGUGGGGUGUUCCGAGUUGACCUGGGUCACAUGAGGUCACUGCGGCUCUUCUUCAGCGACGAGGCUUGCACCAGUGGCCAGCUGGUCAUCGCCAGCCGGGAGAGCCAAUACAAGAUCCUUCAUUUUCACCACGCGGGCCUGGACAAGCUGGCCGAGGUCUUCCAGCAGUGGAAAUGCUGCCGUGAGACUCAGGCCAAGGAGCAGGUGUCGGACGAGAAGUCCUGCAUGCAGUUCUCCAUCCGGCGGCCCACGCUGCCCUCCUCCGAGACGCACCCCGAGGAGCGUCUGUACCGCCGGCUCGACGUCGCCACCUGGCUGCGGCACCUGAACCACAGCGGGCAGGUGGAGGAGGAGUACAAGCUGCGCAAGGCCAUCUUCUUCGGGGGGAUCGACCCAGCCAUCCGUGGGGAGGUGUGGCCCUUCCUGCUCCGCUACUAUACCUGUGACUCCUCCUCGGAGGAGCGCGAGGCCUGGAGGCUGCAGAAACGCAGGGAGUACCAGGAGAUCCAGCAGAGGAGGUUGUCCAUGAGCCCAGAGGAGCACAGCGAGUUCUGGCGGAAGGUCCAGUUCACUGUGGACAAGGAUGUGGUGCGGACCGACCGCAGCAACCUUUUCUUCAGGGGCGAGAACAACCCCAAUGUGGAGAGCAUGAGACGCAUCCUGCUCAACUAUGCCGUGUUCAACCCAGAGAUGGGUUACUGCCAGGGCAUGUCGGAUCUGGUGGCCCCAUUGCUAACGGAGGUGCAGGACGAGAGCGACACCUUCUGGUGCUUCGUGGGCCUCAUGGAGAACACCAUCUUCAUCAGCUCACCCCGUGACGAGGACAUGGAGCGGCAGCUGAUGUACCUGCGCGAGCUGCUGCGACUGAUGCUGCCGCGCUUCCACCAGCACUUGAUGCAGCUGGGUGAGGACGGCCUGCAGCUGCUUUUCUGCCACCGUUGGAUGCUGCUGUGUUUCAAGCGGGAGUUCCCCGACGUCGAGGCGCUGCGCAUGUGGGAGGCCUGCUGGGCACACUACCAGACAGACUAUUUCCACCUGUUCCUGUGCGUUGCCAUCAUCGUGCUCUACGGCGAUGACGUCGUCGAGCAGCAGCUGGCCACGGACCAGAUGCUCCUGCACUUCAGUAACCUCUCCAUGCACAUGAAUGGGGAACUUGUGCUGCGGAAGGCUCGGAGCCUGCUUUACCAAUUCCGCCUCCUUCCCAGAAUCCCUUGCAGCCUGCAUGACCUGUGCAGGCUGUGCGGCCCGGGCAUGUGGGACAGUCGCUACAUCCCAGCAGUGGAGUGUUCCGGCGAGCACCCCGACUCGCAGAGCUGCCCGUACGGAGGCACGGCCACGCCGCAGCCCCCGCCCUCGCCGCAGCCCCCGCCAACCCCUGAGGGCAAGAGGGGCUCCAAGACAAGGGAGAUCUUCAGCUUCCGCAAACAGCCCUGAGUGUGGUUAGCGGGAAGUGCUUGGGACCAGACCAGGGGACAGCAAAACAAGGCCUCGGUGCUUCUGCUACGGGGGGGGGGACAGGGGGAGGGGGACAUUGGCAUUUUCUCCUCCUGCUUAACCCCACCCCUUUACCCCCCUCCUUCCCCAUACAUUCAGCAUGAUCAUUUUUUUUUUAUUAUUUUUUGACCUUGUUAGGAUACAAGGUGCUACUUUAUUAAAAUCCACUGUUUUGGGAACAUCGGCCAGCAGUCUGUCUCGGGGCCCCAGUCCAGCUGUGGAGGAGGCUGGCUGCUGCAGGAUGUUGUUGUGAGAAAGCCUUCGACAAUCUUCACUGCCCCCCCCCCCGAUCCAGCAGAGCAGCUCUGAUGGUGUUGCUGAGAUGCUGAGAGGAGAGGUCCACACGCCGGCCCUAAACUCUUAGCCGGUUAGUGUGCAUUUCAAAAAAGUGCAUUACAUAACCAUGCCGGACUCCUCACACAUGUGGUCCCCCAUUUCCCCCAAAGGUCACGGCGAUCGGAGUGGCAGUAUUCUCACCUUUCACUGACCUUUUUUGUGUGAUUUGUUUUUUUUUUAAAUCUGCAUGGGAAAUGACAGUUUUGGUUUGAUUUUUGUUCUCUUCCAAUAAAAAAUUCUGAAGGAAAGCCAACUUGUUCAACAGCAAAAGCCUGAAACCCUCUGAGCUAACGGUGCAACACCAGAGUUGUUCCUUCUUCCUCCUUAUCAAAUUUCCUCUCAUAAAGGGCUCUCUUAUCUACACUGAUGGGGGGGGGCUUUUUUUUCCUCCCACCUUGGUCCUGUGAUGGCAGUUAUUGUUCCUUAAUGUUGACUGGAUAGGAAAUAUCUUUAGAUCACUCGUAUACAUCAUUUAGGUACCGACACAUUCCUCACCCCAACAAUUAAGAUCCACAAAUUUAAAGUCCCAUCUUCUCUUUAAGCAGUUGGAUCUUUAAAUAUGAAAUCGGAGCUUCGUGGAUCUUAACAGGCGGGCUGAGGAACGUGUCAGGUAACCUCAAUGAUGUUCAGUAUUAUUGAAUAUACCGUAGUCACUUCACGUGAGGGAGACUGGGAAACGAAAACUGGUUUACCCCCCCCCC